AUACCGACCACCGGUCCGCCUCUACUUUCCCUUUAGUAGCCAUUGUGUAGGCCUUUCAGGUAAGGUUCGAUAUGUAAUCUGCAUUGUCUAAACCUUAUAGCUAUGAUAUAAUAGGUCAGGUACCCGAAUACACCUAGAUACAGUAGGUAUACUAUACAUUUUGGACCUUAUCGUUAUUGACCUCGGUACUUUAUUUUAGGUAUAUACAAUUGCACAUCUUCUUAUUUGCUACUACUACCACUACUACUAUAUACAUAUAAUUUUUGCAUAUGACACCAUUGCACCUUAUCCUGUCCUCAUCACUAAUAACUUGCGUGUGUUGUUAAUGUAGUACCAUUAUCUGACUACCGGCACGAACUACACCUGACCUCCGCAUGAUAAGAAAGACGUUGAUCUCUCAAAUAACUUCAACUCCUAACAUUUGGUCAUUUUCAUCAGUCCGUGUGGCUUCGCUCGGACGUUAUCUAUCAAAUCAUAUAACAUAUCCCCCUCGUGGUAUGAGAGCUUUUCGAAUAGUUUCGAAAGCCGCGAUGACUACUGAACUUGUUCAUAUACCGGAGAUCGAGCGGGUUAGCCCCGCUUGCAUCCGCAUCCUCGCCGGUAAUCCUGGCAAAUUCGCCCUUCAGGGUACCAACACAUAUAUCCUGGGAACUGGUCCGAAAAGGUUACUAGUCGAUACCGGCGAGGGAAAGCCUUCAUGGAUUGCGGCUUUGAAGAAAACUCUAGAGGAAGAGAAGAUCUCAAUUCAGAGUGCCGUUAUUACCCAUUGGCAUCAUGAUCACCAAGGUGGCAUUGGCCACCUCCGAGAACACUCCCCGGAAACUAAGUUCUACAAAAAUCAACCCGAAGAAGGCCAACUAGAUAUUGCGGAUGGUCAGAAAUUUGAGGUUGAAGGGGCCACUUUGACGGCCUUCCAUACACCAGGCCACGCUGUAGAUCAUAUGGUCUUCGUCUUUCAAGAAGAGGAUGCGCUGUUCACGGGCGAUAAUGUCUUGGGUCAGGGCACGACUGUUUUCGAAGAUCUCGGGACCUAUCUAAAAAGUUUAGCGAAGAUGGAAAAGCUGGUAUCAGGUCGAGGGUACCCAGGACACGGACCAAUUUUACCACAAGUGGGCGCCACAAUCACCGAGUACAUAUCGCACAGACACGAGAGAGAAAAGCAAGUGUUACAAACCUUGGCCGCCGAGAAAGACGGUGGUCUUUGGACUCCUGUUGAGUUAGUAAAAAUCAUAUAUCGUGACUACCCCGAGAGUCUCCACGUUCCAGCGGCGAAUGGCGUGAUCCAAAUUCUACGGAAGCUCCGGGACGAGGAUAAAGUCGCACUAGAGGAUGGAGACAAAUGGCGUCUCACGGACCGGUCCAGUUUGUGAAGAGGAGGAAAAGUCAUGAGGACGUCAAUUACGUCUCAUGGGGAGACAGCCUGUCCCCACGCGAAAUACGGCAGUUUGAGCGGUAGGAUUCCUUUCUCUCGGCUGAGCUGGUAUUUUAAGCUAUCAACUAGCAUAAAAAGAAACAGAUGCGGAGUCCGCCUCAUAUAAAUUGUUUCCGUUUAUGUUUACGUCCGAGCGUCUUCCCAUGGUAUUCGUCACGAUCGGCGAAACAGCUAUGGCGAUGAUUUGUAGGCGAUACGAUCAAGCAUUUAACAACUGCCUUACCUCAACCUGAACUUCCUUUAGAUUUAAUUCUUUCGCAAUCUUUGGUUCAUAGAUCUGUUUACGGAAGAUAUAAUAAAUGGGGGUUGGUACCAGUGUGUCGGUAGAGCCGCAUCACUUAUUUCAACAUCUUAGUUACGUGGAAGUCGUCAUAGGUUUUUGUUUCUUCGGGUACAGACAGUACAUCUGUAUCUCGCGGGCCAAUGAAGACUGCGUGGCUCAUCCAUCAGUAUUAUAACGAACUUAACGAACUUUGCAAAAAUAGAAUGCAAGGAGUUUCCCUUUAUUGAAACUACCUAUAUUAUAAUUCCGAUUACCGAUUCUGACU